AACCGGCCCACUCACUCACUCGCCACAUCACAUCCCGACAGCUCAUCGCUUUCGUUAUCUGCACACGCCGUGCUAUAGCAUUCGCUAGCGUGCGAGACCCCCACACUCAGCAAGCCGUUCCGCUCCACGGCGUCCUUGCUUUCUCUCGUUCUCAACCUCAGGUGGCCCAAGACGCACCUGCGUUUCAGCGUGACACCACCAAGACAGUCUUCUACUGAGACACCGGACAACGGGGCAAGCCCAUCCAUCGACUUGAGGCAUUUCUUGGUCUCUGUCAAUCGCGGGCCGCUCAAGCCAUAGCGCCAUCUUAACUCUCCGUGCCACUCCUAGUGGAGAAGGGCAUAUUUCCAGGUAUCCUUUCGACGUUCUCUUUGUGUAUCGGAUUCCCCCAUUCCACUGGGCCCCGUCCAGCAGAACCUGAAACCGCCCCAAAGAGACGCCCGCUUGUGUAAUCCGGCAACGACAAUGGCAGCAGGCCUUCUCACGGACCUGCCGCCGGCCUACGAGCGCGCGCUCAGGCUGAUCGACCAGGCGCACGCCGAGGACCCGCGGCGCAUCCGGCUCGACGCGAGCGGCAAGGUCGUCCAGGAGACGAGCAUCUUCUCGGCGGCGGCCGGGUCGUCUGUCGGGUCGGCCGCGGCAUCGUCGGCAGGGAAGGGGGGGCAAGACGGCGACGAGGAGGAGAAGGAGAAGGAGAAGGAGGUGCCGUAUGAGCUGCACUAUGCGCAGAAGAUGACGCGCUGGCUUAGGCUGAGGUGUCCUGAGGCGUCGCCGGUGUUGCAGGUUGCGUGCCGGGCGCAGCAUUUUCGGAGAUGGGAGAUGCCCCGGGACACAUUCCCCAAAACCCGCCCAGGCUACCUGACCUGGCGGGCCAAGCAAAAGUCACAAGCAGCGCAGAAAGUCACCGAGCUGCUACAACAACAACACCAGCAAGACCCUGCCGGGGACGCCCUGCCGCAGUCCGAUAUCGACCGGAUCGCCGCGCUGAUUCGCAAGGAGGGCCUGGGCCGCGAGGACAGCGACGAGACCCAGGUGCUCGAGGACGUGGCGUGCCUGGUCUUUCUGGACGACCAGUUCGACGACUUUGAGUCCGCGGCCAAGGUGGACGAGGACAAGAUGGUGGGACUCCUUCGCAAGACAUGGGGCAAGAUGAGUGCCGAUGGGCAGAAGCUCGCGCUAGGGAUGGAGCUUAGUGAGCGGGCGAGGGAGCUUGUUGCUAAGGCGUUGAGUGAUUGACGGAGUCCGGCUUAGUUUUGCACACGCUUAUGAUAUAUAUACCUAGAAGACGUACUGUGAGUACACGAUUGAAUCGUCAAGUCAUUCCGAC